GCUUCAAAGCGUGUACCGUGUUGUAAAGUAAAACAUUAACUUCUCAGCUACGAACUGUUUGGUGUAUCCUUUAUCUAUUAAUGAUUCCCGUGAAAUGAGGUACUUUUGUAUGUAUUAGUGCCGGGAAAAGAAGGAACUGUUUAUGCCGGCUUUUCGUACCGGCUAUGGGCCUUCAGUUUUGGACUAUAGUGGUGGCAUUGACUUUGUUGUUUUCGUUAUCAGUUUCAGUGUUUAAAGUUGUUGUCAGUGCCGACCAAGAUUUGGUACAAAAUCUUGGGCUAGAGGUUCUUCCAGACGUUUCCAAGAUAAAUAUAAGUCAGGAAGAAUAUUCUCGGAUGAUGAAGACGUACUUGGUUCAUUUGGUUGACUCUUCGGGAGAAAAUUCCAUUCCUCAACUUUUGACCUUCGUUGCAGAAAGAAAACACUGGCGGCGGAAGAUAGAUCAGGGGAUUCGGCUGACAUUUGCGGUAACUCCAUCAUCAGCAGAAGUAGAGCAAGGCGAACUGCGUUUGCUACUCCCACCUAUGGAAAAAACCUCGCCCAGGAUUCAAGUGUUUCAAAUCCUUGGAGUACGCCGUCGUAAGUUGAUACACGAGGGUAUAGCGUAUGGGUCGUCUACGCAGCCCAAAUGGCACGAAAUUGACGUAACUGCUGCCGUUCGAUCAUGGAUCAACGGCAAUCGAAAUUUAGGAUUAGAAAUUGAGUGUUCAGAUUGUACCAAGAUUGUUAACCCACUUCACACUUACCUAAACGUUUUAGUUCAUACGGAUCUGAAAAGGAGAAGAAGAUCGCACUCGAGCACUUACGAGCAGGAGGGAAAAACAGACUGUAGGCCAAAAGACAAGAAACGACGAUGCUGUCGACAUUCAAUGACUGUCGUUUUUAGUAAAUUGAAAGUACCUCAAAUAAACUCGAUCAUUCAACCGAAAUCGUACGAGGCAGGAUUCUGUAAAGGACGAUGCCCUUUAAAUUACAAUCUAGCCACAAAUCACUCAAGAAUACAAAGUUUGGUGCAUCGAGUCGAUAAAUCCAAUGUCCCUAAAGUUUGUUGCGCCCCUUCCAAAUUGGCCCCACUUGAUAUACUAAGGGUCAAUCCCUAUGACGUAACGAAACUGACUGUGGAGAAGUGGGAUAACAUGAAAGUUCUUGAAUGUGCCUGUUCCUAAAUGAUAUUGCCAAAGAUGAACUCAUAUAAUUUGACCCCCGGCUAAUUUUUUAGGUAUUUCUUGUACCCUCUUUACUGCCUUUAUUCAAAAAUUUGAGUUACUAGGUAAACAAAUUUUUAGAUUUUUUCAUUGGUUCUAAGAGAAAAACAAAACAUUUAAAUUUUUUUUACUUACAAACACAAUAAUUGUCUGCCAUAUUUGAAACUUGUAAAGAAAAUAAAAAAAACUCGAGAACUUGCCCUUCUUCCAAUGCAUAAAUUGACCUUUAAGCGAACAAAAUACUACAAGGAACUUGAAGGAAGUAAAAAAUAUCGAAAAAAAUUGUUUCGUCUCUUUAUUUCAACCAUGUGUUUUCUAGACACUGG